AAGAAAAGGAAAUCCCCUUUUUACAUCAAUUUUCUAUUGUAUUACAUAUGUAGGGUGUUAGUAAGCUCCUGCAUUUACUUCGUGGACGGUUAAAAAUCGACGCUGUCUGUAAAAUGUCGAAUGCCAGUGUCAGUCUAAAGUUCCAAUCCGGGCUGAGCCCCUCAGACCCUGAGGAACACCCUGUCUUCAUUGUGGGGCAGGCCCCCCAUCUCAGCACAUUGUCAUGGAGUGAUAUCAGAUGCAAGUUGGAGCCUAGAGUAACAGAGGAGGCAUGGAAACGUGGGCUCAACUUGGUUACAUCAAACGCUGGCGAGAGCUGUGAGAUAUGGGCUCGCGCAGCGUCACUGGCGUCGCUGCCGGCCCGCCGCAGCCGCCACGCCGCGCCUUCGCGAAGCCACGCACUUGCCAAACUCGUGUCUGCCAGGGCUGCUAGGAAUUAUGACGAAUUUAUUGUGCUGGUGUGCCGCAAACGCGACCUCCUCGCCUGCACAGUGGCCAUAGCGCGGUCCUUCCCUCUGUACCACGCGCGCUCCGGCCCCAGUCCUCUUGGCGGAGGGACCAAAAGCCCUCCCACUCGGAAUGUCACUGUUGAGAUACAACUCGUUAAAGAGGAUAAGGCUGAUGGAGAAUCAGAAGACGAAGGAAUCGGUCCCCUGGACCCUCGGUUGACGGACAACUCACUGUCCCCCGAAGAGCUUGCCACUAUUCAACAGACUGCUGAUUACACACGGCUAGCAGCCAAGAUAGCAGAUACCCCAUGCAACAUUAUGAAUGUUGACACUUUUAUUGAGACUGCGAUACAAGUAGCAAAAGACCUUGAUAUACAAUCUCCGGUAGUAAUCAGAGGAGAGGAAUUAAAGGAACGAGGUUUCGGAGGCAUUUACGGCGUAGGCAAGGCGGCUGAAGUGCCCCCCGCCCUAGUCUCGCUGUCGUACUGCCCACCGGGGGCCACGGAGUCCGUAGCCUGGGUCGGCAAGGGCAUCGUCUACGACACCGGUGGACUCAGCAUCAAGACCAAGACAGGCAUGGUGGGCAUGAAGGGCGACUGCGCGG